AUGGGCUGUGUCUUUUCUUGCCUGGCAUCGACGUUCAUCUACGCGGGCGAGGUGCUGCAGCAGCUGUGCCUAGCCGUGGGCGAGAUCAGCGCGGUGCUGGUGCGCGCCCUGUUUGGGCUGGUCGUGGUGCUGUGCGACGUCCUCGCCGCCGUCAGCUGCUGCUGGCGCGUCCCCUGGAGCGAGCGACCGGACCGCUCGACGUACAGCUACGAUACCCGACUCCUGGCCGACGUCGGAGGUCAGAAGGUGCUCAGCGGCGCUUUCACCAAGCAAGGACGCGAGCAGAGGCGACAGAUCAAGGAGGCUAGGAACAAGGAGAGGGAGCUCGAGGCCGAACAACGUGCCGCCAAGCGAAAGGAGGAGAAGGAGGCAAAGGAGAAGCAGAAGGCCGCCGCAAAGGCAGAAGUCGCGGACGAGAAGGCGGCGGCCAAGAAGGAGGAGACUGCCACCGAGGCCACCGCCAGUGCCACCACCACCGAGGCGGCCAGGGCCUAG